CGGCGGCGCUGUUCCCCGGUCAAUCCGAUGUCUGUGUGCGGCGUGGAAUACUACGCGGUCAUCAAAAAGGCGGGUCUCCGGCGCCCACGUGGUGGUUUCUGCGCUUGCAUGCUGGGGGCCGGCGGGCCGGAAGGCGUACACAUGAAGUCGCCGUGAAGGGGGUGGCCGCCGCCGCGCCAGCGCCUCAUCGCCGGAGGUGAGGGGAAGAUGAGCAUCACCAGUGACGAGGUGAACUUCCUGGUGUACCGCUACCUACAGGAGUCAGAAACUCUCUGCCUUUGCCCACGUGCGCGAGACUGCUGGAGCAGACGGGGAGAUGGAGUUCUUCCCUCCCUGGGGUGUCUGAGGAGGAGAAAACCAUGCCGCUCUCGUUCAUGGUCUGCGUCCGUCGUCCACUGGGAACUGACGUCCGGGGACGACGUGAAGGAGCCGACCUCUGCCCGGCCCCGGCCCCGGCCCCGGCCCCUGAGGAGACCGCCCUCCCCGCGUGUCGGGAGUGGCGCCACCUCGCCUCAGUGCCGCCUUCCGGCACUCCUCUGGGAGACACGGCUGAUGGCCGCCGUUUUUGAGGCUACGGUCACAGCCGGCUGCCGGACCCUCCCGUGCAUCCGCCGCCUCGUGGGCGGGACGCGGGUGGACUGGCGGCCGUCCCUGCGGGCCUGGGGCGAGGUCGUGGUCGGCGACACCACUGCUGUUUCCGAGCUGGAGGCUGCGGCUGGACGCUGUGGGAGACCCGAGGACCCCAGUCCCGGCGUCCGUGAGCAGCUACGCAGGGCGGACACGCCGGCGCGACUGGACGAGGCUCGGGCUGACCUGCAGCCGGCUCAGAUGCAGGCUCACCGCCGGGGCUCUCCGCGCUGCUCGAGCGGCCCCUCGUCCGAGGAGGAGACUGACGCGGCGGACACGCCGGCGCGACUGGACGAGGCUCGGGCUGACCUGCGGCCGGCUCAGAUGCAGGCUCACCGCCGGGGCUCUCCGCGCUGCUCGAGCGGCCCCUCGUCUGAGGAGGAGACUGACGCGGCGGUGACGCCGAGCUCUCCGGAGGUCCCGCGGGCCUCGCCCGAGAAAUGGCCUCAGGGGUCCGGUUCUGCCCAGUCCACGGCCCGGGCCGGCCGCUCCUGGAGAGCCCGCGUGCAGCGUCUGGGGCGCUUAGGGCUGAGCGCCACCCGCCGACGGGCCCUGACCGCCGCUGCCCCUCCAGCCCCCGCGCUCGACGUGGACUGGCAGAACAACACGGCCUUCGCCUCCUGCAGCACGGACAUGUGCAUCCACGUGUGCAGGCUGGGCUGCGACCGCCCCGUCAAGACCUUCCAGGGACACACGAACGAGGUGAACGCCAUCAAAUGGGACCCUUCGGGGAUGCUGCUGGCGUCCUGCUCGGAUGACAUGACGUUAAAGAUCUGGAGCAUGAAGCAGGACACGUGCGUGCACGACCUCCAGGCCCACAGCAAGGAGAUCUACACCAUCAAGUGGAGCCCCAGUGGGCCGGCCACCAGCAACCCCAACUCCAGCAUCAUGCUUGCCAGCGCCUCCUUCGACUCGACGGUGCGGCUGUGGGACGUGGAGCGGGGCGUGUGCACCCACACGCUCACCAAGCACCAGGAGCCGGUGUACAGCGUGGCCUUCAGCCCCGACGGGAAGUACCUGGCCAGCGGCUCCUUCGACAAGUGUGUGCACAUCUGGAACACCCAGAGCGGGAGUCUCGUCCACAGCUACCGAGGCACCGGCGGCAUCUUCGAGGUGUGCUGGAACGCCCGAGGGGACAAAGUGGGGGCCAGCGCGUCCGAUGGCUCCGUGUGCGUGCUGGACCUGCGGAAGUGAGGCGCCGUCCCGCCCCGAGGACCAAGAGCUGCAGCGGACCAGCAGCGGCGGCGG